AGCCUGCUCAUUGAUGUCCGAACUCCGAACCGCUUGGUUUAUAAGAAAGCUCUCGUGGAUAUCUCUUCCAACCUAUGCAACUUUCUCAGCCUCUCAAGUCUCAACAAUUUCCCAAAACCUAAAAGAAAAAAAAUAAAUAAAUAAAAAGAGAGAAAAAAAAAUGUCUUCCCCAAGCAAACGCAGGGAGAUGGAUUUGAUGAAACUGAUGAUGAGUGAUUACAAGGUGGAGAUGAUCAAUGAUGGCAUGCAAGAAUUCUAUGUGGAUUUCCAUGGACCUAAAGAAAGUCCUUAUCAGGGUGGUGUGUGGAGGAUAAGGGUGGAACUACCAGAUGCUUAUCCUUAUAAAUCUCCAUCUAUUGGCUUCAUCAACAAAAUCUACCACCCAAAUGUUGAUGAGAUGUCUGGCUCAGUUUGUUUAGAUGUUAUUAACCAGACCUGGAGCCCCAUGUUUGAUCUGGUUAAUGUCUUUGAAGUGUUUCUUCCACAACUUCUUUUAUAUCCCAAUCCAUCAGAUCCAUUAAAUGGAGAAGCUGCUGCUCUAAUGAUGCGCGAUCGCACAGCCUAUGAGCAAAGAGUGAAAGAGUUUUGUGAGAAAUAUGCCAAGCCAGAAGAUGUAGGGGCUGUCCCAGAGGAGAAAUCUAGUGAUGAGGAGCUGAGUGAAGAUGAUUAUGCCUCCAGUGAUGAGGCAGUUGCUGGCCAAGCUGAUCUUUAGGGGUACAAAUGCUUGCCCAUAAUUGUCUCUGUACAUGAUAUUCAACUCCUGGAAAAUGAAACCAACAAAAAACUAAGGGCAUAUGGAAAAUCCGUGCCCCUUCUGCCUUUAUUUUCCAUGUUGGUUAUGUAAAUUAUUCAACUAUGAUUUAAUGUUUCAAAAGUUCAUUUACUGUUGGAACUA